AUGAGAUCUUUAAUUAAGUCACAUAAACGGUCUUCAUCUUCGGAGAUAAGACCUCAUUCAUUUACUUCUCCAUCAGCAGUUGAAGAACAGUCAUCCGCUACUAAUGAGGUAACUGAUACUAGUCGGUCAUCUAAACCAGUCAUAUCGCCAUUAUCAACUCCAAACUUACAAAAACUUAGUUAUUCCCAGUUCACCCCUCCUCCACCGCCACCUCCACCAGCACCUCCUCCUCCUCUUUCAUCAUCAAACCACAAUCAAUCAAGCAUAAAUGGUAGUAGUACUUAUGAACGAGGAUCAUCUGCAUCUGUGAGUUCAAUUUCAUCUCCAAAGAAGUUAUUGACUCCUAUAAAGAAACUCUUUUCAUCCACAAGCUAUAAGCAUCAUUCAGUACCGGUUUCUGGAGAUUCUCUUGCUCAGAUAACCUCGUCAUCGGGUCGUAGGUCUUCAAGGAUUCGAAAAAGUGGUGGUGGUGGAGGUACAACUCCUUCCUCCUAUGUUUCCCUUACAAAGCUAGCGGAACAGAGUGCAAAUGUUCCAAUAGUUGCAACAAAAUUAGAGAUGACUGAUAAUUCAGGUCAAUCCUUAAGUACUCCUAUAAAGCUUAUGUCCGAGCCUCAUUUGCAAGCUUCAUAUGAUAGUGGUGAUGAACUGAUAACCAUGUCAAGUAACGCACCAUCGUUUGUUAAAGGAGAAGAACACUUCAAACGAGUGAAUAUAAAGGACGAUAAUAAUAAUCCCAAAACUCCUAAUCUUUCUUCUGAUGUUCUGAAUGACGUAACUCCAAUCAUUGAUUUAUCUGUUGAAAAGUUUACAAGGUUUGAAAUUAAUAACAAUCAACUAAAAGACAAAGAUGACGAUGAUAAUCAUUUAAGAUUUUAUAGUUCGGAUGAAUCUUCUAGUUCGUCCCAAUUUUCGUUUGUCAAAGACAUGAAAGGUGGUAGAAAUACAAGCAUCAAAUAUUACAAGACGGGCACUCCUAGCCAAAAUCUGGAGAAGAUAUUCUCCAAUGCAACCAAUGUCUUUGAUACUGAGCAAUUGGGUAAUGAUAUGGAUGGUAUGUCUGAUUAUGAUUAUGAUAAUAAUGGUGAAGACGAAGAUUAUGAUGAUUAUGAGGAUACUGGAAGAUAUAAUAAUCUUUUUGGAGAUGAUGAUUUUGAAGAUAACCAUGCAUAUGUUGAUGAUCUUGAAGAGGUCAAUUUGCCAAAUCCAGAAUUAGAUGACAUGCAACUAGAAUCAAGAUGUUUUGACGACGACGUUCAAUCAGGCUCAUUUUAUUCUUCUAGAAAUGAUAAUGAAAAUAUUACCACUCCUACACUGUUCAUUAUAGAUUCUAGUUAUUUGAACCGGAUAAACAGCAUUUCACUUAUGAAGACACAAUCUACAAGACCCUAUCAUAGAUCUUACCAUAUGUCAAUCAAUGGCAUAGACAAACUUGAUUCAUUAGAUUCUGUUAAGGUGGAGCUGGCAGGUCCAUUCCAUCAGGAAUUACUUAAAAGCUCUGAUGAUAUAUUAGAAAACUAUUUAGAGAUUCACCUGAAAUCAGAGUCUCCUCCGGCAUGUGAUGAUGAAAUUCACCAAAGUGAAAGUGUUGUACUUGAAAGCAGUGAUGAAACAAAUACAAAUAGCACCAACGAUAUGAUUGUGAAUACACCAGACAUGGCCAGCGUGGAUUGUUUAGGACUCUUUGAUAUUAGUUCUCCAAUGGUUAAUGGCAUAACUGUGGGAGCAAAUUUGCGUCAUCGGUUCCCCAAAAAUGAUUCAGAGGAUAAUUUUAAUCUGAAUAGAUCAUUUAUUAAUAGAGAACGAAUUCUGCCUGAAGGAAAGUUUGAGAAACUUGACUUUGAAAUCGAAGCAUCAUCAAAGCAUAGUCUUAUUGUUCCAAGAAAUGAAAGGGAAGUUCUCAAAUUACGUUCUGUCAAGAGUUUCCAUAGUUCUAUCAGUGAUACUAUGGAAUUGAGAAUUCAAGAGAAGCUCAAAAGUUUGGAAUCAUAUCUGUCAACCAAUGAAGUUCCACCGCUGCAUGCAUUUCAACCUCAUAAUCCUGAAGUCGGGCUUGGGUUGGUAUACAGUCCUCCCAGUACCUCAGUAGAGGACAUUGCUGUUAAACCCUUGAUGGAGUCGAACCUGCAACGCAAACUGGAAGACAACAUUGAGUUAGAUCCUAUAAGCCAACGUGGAGAGAAAAGGAAGUCUUUGAGAGAUUCAGUAUUAAGCAUGAUGGAUUUAUUAGGGAACCUUGAGAAGCGAUUUUCAAAUCCAAAUAGUGAUGCUGCUGUUGGAGCUUUCAGUAAUAAUGAUACUUCUAAUGUUGCAGAUACUGGUGUUUCAAGUCAGCAUUUGUCUAUUACUAAUAUGAUGAACAUAUUAGCAGAUUUGGAGAAGAACCAGAAGGAAAUUGUUGAGGAGAGAGAUAAAGAAUUGAAAGAAGCGAAAGCAAAUCGUGAUUCUAUACUUGGUAUGAUGUCUACAUUAGCCAAAUUGGAGUCUGACACUCCAGAUAUUUCCCCUGCAGAGAAGAAGAGAGAUUCCAUUAAUAAGAUGAUGGCAACGUUAGCAACAUUAACCGUACUGCUGACAGCAGAAUCGAGACCAAGAAGGAAGAGCUCAGAGAAAAGAGAUUCCAAGGCAAUUAGAAGCUAUCUAGCCAGCAUGAAGAAAACUAUGAAACCUCGAUAUUCAUGGUUUGAUAAUGAUGAAUCAGUUCAAUUCAAGUUUAAGGAAAAUACUGUUGUUCCACCACCUAUACCUGAAGUGUCCAAAGCUCAACGGUAUUCCUUUGGAGAAAGUCUGGUUACUGAAGCUUCCAAUCCCAUUUUAUAUGAUGAUCUUUUAGAUGAAGUUAACAAGCUUCCUGAAGAUUUUGAUUUUGAUGAAUAUGAACUUUCAAUUGAACGGAUCAAAUCUCAAAAGUUGAAUCAACCAGAAUUCUUUCGAUCCAAUUCUUAUAAUAAGAAACCCGUCAAGUCGCUAAUAGGGCAGAACUUUGCAUCCAAUAAGAUUGAGACUUUAAAUAAAACAGUUACUUUCUACAAUAAGCACGUGGGAAAUAAUAAUUUGGAAGUAACAUUAAACGAAAGUCUAAGCAGAGGACCUUCUAUUAGAUCAGUGAAUUCAUUUGCUUCAGUUAAUGAAGAGGAUGAAGGUGAAUCAUCUUUGGAAUAUGAAUCUCAACAAUCAAGUUACUAUAAUGAUUAUCCCAAGAAGAAUUUGACUACUAUUACUGAAAGCCCUAAUAUUCGUUAG